AUGGUUGCAGAUAAGAAAAGUGGCUCGUUUGAAGAUUUAGAAGAUAUCAAAAUGGGCGAUUUGUCCUUAUUGGCAUUGCACAAGUCCUUGGUUGAUACUCCAUCAAUAAGUAAGAGUGAAUUGAAAAUCUCUCAACUAUUGAAAGAUUAUUUGGAGAAAGCUGGCCUUACAGUUGAAUUACAGAUGGUAGGCUCAGGCAUGCAGAGGUAUAAUGUAUAUGCAUAUAUCGGGAAAACCAGAGACACUAAAGUCUUAGUUACAUCACAUAUUGACACUGUACCACCUUUCUUUCCGUAUCGAGUAGAGGGCAGUAAGAUAUAUGGUAGAGGAUCCUGCGAUGCCAAAGGUUCAGUUGCUACACAGAUCAUUUCUUAUCUUUCACUCUUUAAGUCUGGGGAAUUGAAAGAAGGUGAUGCCUCAUUAUUAUUUGUUGUAGACGAGGAAUUCAGUGGAUUAGGGAUGAGAACUGCAAGUGAAUCACUAGAUGCUACGUGGGAAAUUGGUAUAUUUGGUGAACCAACCGACUUAAAAUUGGGUGUUGGCCAUAAGGGUAUUUAUACUUUUGAUAUUGAUGUUGAAGGCAAAGCUUCCCACAGUGGAUACCCCGAAUUGGGUAUAUCUGCAUCUGAAAUAUUGGUUCCCGUAUUGGACAGAUUGCUUGGAAUGAAAUUGCCAGAAUCCAAAUUAUUGGGCCCAUCAACUUUGAAUAUUGGCAUGAUUAAUGCAGGCGUUGCUCAGAAUGUAUUGCCUGCAAAAGCUACUUCCAGUAUUUCAAUUAGGGUAGCGGAGAACCUAUCAAAAGUACGUGAAAUCGUGCUGCAAACUGUGGGAGAAGUUGAGCAUUUAACCCUAAAGUCUGGUGUUCAAGUAGAAGCCCAAUAUUUGGACUAUAAAGUCCCUGGCUUUGAUUCAAUCAUUUUAGCAUAUUCCACUGAUAUACCAAACUUAUCUGUUAAGUUCAAACACAGAUAUUUAUACGGUCCUGGCCAUAUUCAUGUUGCUCAUGGUGAGAACGAAUAUAUCGACAACUCAAACCUUAUCCAAGCUGUCGAGGGUUAUAUGAAGUUAAUUAAAUAUGCUUUACAGAAUUAA